GCGUGUUCAACACGGCACGGCGGUGUUUUGGCGUUUGUCACGUCAAUGCAGAGAUAUGCCGCAGGCAGCACGGCCUGCGCGCGCACGACCGCGCGCCGCCAAUAACGCAUCGCAAAACGCGGCAAGCGCGCGCCUCUGGCUAUCGAUGCCCGAUGCACAGUUGAGUGAAACGCGCACACACCCGACGUGAAAAUUAUCGUGAAAAUUCUGUGUUGAUAAAUCAGUGAAAUUGGAAAAAUAUAUACUUACUGAAAAUUAAGACUAAGUUAGCUAAAUCUACACAGCGUCCACUGCGUUGUUUACUUAUAUGUUUGUGGUGCGAUAGUGAGUACGAGAUGGGCGAGCAUAUAGGGCGGCAAGCGCAAGCGCGCUGAGUGGGCAUGUGGGCGCGCGCGGCGCGGAUGCUGCGGCGCGUAGCACUGCUGGUCCCGUUGCUGCUGACUGCACUGGCGUUGCUGCUGCUACCGCGACCGCCGUCGUUCACCGCUCCCGCGAGGUUGCCGUCGGCACCGCCACAGCCGAAGGAAGACAUACACAUUCAGAACUCUAUAAUAGAAGAUGAGAUCCAGGUAAAUAGUCUCAACAAAGAUGUCGAAUUAGAAGAGCCCCGACGGCCGUGGUUCAUGUUCGGUGGUGAACAACGACCUUGGCAUCACGAGCCUAAUGCUAAACUGUUCCCUGAAGAUGCACCUGGCGAUGACAGAAUAGUCGAACAGCUCUCUUAUACGUUGCCUAAGGAUGAGGACAUACCCAUUAAGAAGAUACUAUUAGCAAACGGGUUAGGGACUUGGGGAGUUUCAGGAGGAAGGACAGAGUUCAUCAGGAACAAGUGUCCCGUGGACCGAUGCUCCCUCACUGCAGAUGCUAGAGAAGCCGCUACCGCUGAUGCUAUUCUGUACAAAGAUCAUCACACCCCUUUUAAUGUGAAAAGACCUCCUAAUCAGAUUUGGAUCCUCUAUUACUUGGAAUGUCCAUACCACACGGCGUCUCUCAGACCCACCUCGUUAGACGUCUUUAACUGGACGUCAACAUAUCGCCGCGAUUCAGAUAUCGUCGCCCCAUAUGAGAAAUGGGUUUACUACGAUGAUUUGUUCACGGAUAAAGAGCCAGAGAAGAAUUAUGCAGCAAAUAAAACAAAGAAGGUAGCAUGGUUCGUUUCAAACUGCCACGCCCGCAACCGUCGGUUACAGUACGCGAGACAGUUAUCCAAGUUUAUAUCCGUGGACAUUUACGGUGCUUGCGGGUCACACCAUUGUCCGCGCACUGAUCCCAACUGUUUGGAAAUGCUCGAUAAAGAAUACAAGUUCUACCUAGCUUUUGAAAACUCAAAUUGUCGCGAUUAUGUUACAGAAAAGUUCUUUGUGAACGGACUUCAACACGACGUGCUACCCAUAGUGAUGGGAGCACGUCCAGCAGAGUACGCAGCAGUAGCACCGCACAACUCAUACAUACACGUUGAAGAAUUCGCAGGCCCCGAGGAGUUAGCCGCUUAUUUACGUCGCCUCGAUGAAGACGAUGCUCUUUAUAACUCCUACUUUAAGUGGAAGGGCACAGGCGAGUUUAUAAACACGUACUUCUUUUGCCGCGUCUGCGCAAUGGUGCAUGCGAACGCUCGCAGGCAACGCAGCGCUCACUACACGGACGUGCAAGCGUGGUGGCGCGACUCCGCCUGCACGCGGACGGAGUGGCGCGCCGCGGCCCGUGAGGCGCGCAGCGUCCUCGACCCUCCGUAGAUCAUAGACCCUCACACCACCACCGAGCCACAGAUAACACAAACAUUAUUUACUACUCAUUUAGACAUAGUAUACAUCUACAGAC